AAUAUGAAUCACAACGAGAUUGAUGUCUAACCCAUUAACUUAAGAGACACUCCUUGACAUCUGACUUAGGAAAAAAAUAUCAUGGUACUAUACUUACCACUUUAAUUAGUUUUAGUGUAUGAAGUUUGGUUCUAUAUUCCAACAGACCAACCUACAUUCCAGCAUAAUAAUACUAAACUUUUUUCUUCGAAUGGCUAAAACAUGUUCCGGUGCAUCCAGAUACGAUGUGUUCAUUAACUUCAGAGGGGAAGACACACGUUUUGCAUUUACCGGGCAUCUCCACAAAGCUCUUUGUAACAAGGGAAUCCGUGCUUUCAUGGAUGAAAAUGACAUUAAGAGAGGAGACGAAAUAAGAGCAACACUUGAGGAGGCAAUUAAAGGGUCGAGGAUUGCCAUCACUGUGUUCUCUAAAGACUAUGCUUCUUCCUCAUUUUGCUUAGAUGAACUUGCAACCAUCCUUGGCUGCUACCGCGAGAAAACUCUGUUGGUUAUUCCUGUCUUUUAUAAGGUGGAUCCUUCUGAUGUAAGACGCCUGCAAGGAAGUUAUGCAGAAGGAUUGGCUAGGCUUGAGGAAAGGUUCCAUCCUAACAUGGAGAAUUGGAAGAAGGCUCUGCAGAAAGUAGCAGAAUUGGCUGGGCAUCAUUUCAAAGAUGGAGCUGGAUAUGAAUUCAAGUUUAUUAGGAAGAUUGUUGAUGAUGUCUUCGACAAGAUUAAUAAAGCUGAAGCAAGUAUAUAUGUUGCGGAUCACCCGGUUGGAUUACACUUAGAAGUGGAAAAAAUAAGGAAACUUUUGGAGGCUGGAUCUAGUGAUGCUAUCUCCAUGAUAGGGAUCCACGGAAUGGGCGGGGUAGGAAAAUCAACACUUGCUCGAGCAGUUUAUAAUUUGCAUACUGAUCAUUUUGAUGAUUCGUGUUUCCUACAAAACGUGAGAGAAGAAUCAAACAGACACGGGUUAAAACGCCUACAAAGCAUCCUUCUUUCACAAAUACUUAAGAAGGAAAUCAACUUAGCAAGUGAGCAACAAGGCACUUCGAUGAUAAAAAAUAAACUCAAGGGAAAGAAGGUUCUCUUAGUUCUAGAUGAUGUUGAUGAGCACAAGCAAUUACAGGCAAUUGUUGGAAAAUCUGUUUGGUCUGAGUCUGAGUUUGGCACCAGAUUGGUUCUGAUCAUCACCACUCGGGACAAACAACUCCUAACAUCUUAUGGGGUCAAAAGAACACAUGAGGUGAAAGAAUUGAGUAAGAAAGAUGCUAUUCAAUUGCUUAAACGGAAAGCUUUUAAAACAUAUGAUGAAGUUGAUCAAAGUUACAAUCAGGUCUUGAAUGAUGUAGUAACUUGGACUUCUGGCCUUCCAUUGGCUUUGGAAGUGAUAGGUUCGAACCUGUUUGGAAAAAGUAUUAAAGAAUGGGAAUCAGCUAUCAAACAAUAUCAAAGAAUUCCCAAUAAGGAAAUCUUGAAGAUACUUAAAGUAAGCUUUGAUGCUUUGGAGGAAGAAGAAAAAAGUGUUUUUCUUGACAUUACUUGUUGCUUGAAAGGCUAUAAAUGCAGAGAGAUUGAAGAUAUACUUCACAGUCUUUAUGAUAACUGCAUGAAAUACCAUAUUGGGGUGCUUGUUGACAAGUCUCUCAUACAGAUUAGUGACGAUAGAGUUACAUUGCAUGACUUGAUUGAGAACAUGGGUAAAGAAAUUGACAGACAGAAAUCACCUAAAGAGACAGGGAAGCGGAGGAGAUUAUGGUUACUAAAAGAUAUAAUUCAAGUCUUAAAAGACAACUCGGGGACCAGUGAAGUUAAAAUCAUUUGUCUUGAUUUCCCCAUAUCUGACAAACAAGAAACAAUAGAAUGGAAUGGAAAUGCCUUCAAGGAGAUGAAAAACCUUAAAGCACUUAUUAUCAGAAACGGUAUUUUAUCCCAAGGUCCCAAUUAUCUACCAGAAAGUUUGAGAAUAUUGGAAUGGCACAGACAUCCUUCCCAUUGUUUACCGUCUGAUUUUGAUACAACGAAUCUUGCCAUACGCGACUUGGAAUAGUUCCAUCCCGUCAUUGGGGUGUGGUGGCAUAUCCAAGAAGUUGAUGUAUCUAACUAUCUAAGGGUUUUGGAUAGCUGAUGCAUCUGGUCUCUCAAAUUUGAAGGAAUUUUCAUUUGAAUAUUGUGAGAAUUUAAUUAUAGUUCAGAGUCAAUUGGUUUUCUGAAUAAACUUUAAAUAUUGAGUGCUGGUUGUUUCCGCAAACUUAGGAGUUUUCUACCCAUCAAGUGAUGGAUUGAAUGAAUGAAACAACUGUGACUCAACUCAACAUCUUUUUAUACAAAUACAAUGCUGCAUGCAAAUGAAAUUUUGGGAAGAAUUUGUACUGGGAUUUCCAUGGUGUAAUAUUUUCCUCUUGGUUUUGAGAAUAAUUCCUUUUUGGUUUGAAUAGGUUUUAAUGUUGUCUCGGGAUCAACUAGGACAGAAAUUAAGUAUUGGGUUGAACUCUUCUUUGAUGUCAAAGUAAUAGUUAUAAAUAGUCAUCGACUCCCGGUAAAGGGUAGGGGUUGCUUUCUACAAUUCUGGUGGGUUCAACUUCGAAUGAAGGAAAACAAUGCUUUAAUUUUUCUGCAAUAAUCUUGAUUUAGUUUGUGUUUUUUCUUGGCAGACAAUAUUCCUUUUUCUACAACUUAGGAAUUUGAGAUUUCCAUUUAGAAAAAUAUUGACACAAGAAGCUUGUGAGUUGUGAACUUUUCUUUUUCUUUCUUCUGAGCAUUGUAAAGCAAAAUGUAAGGUUAGGAGCUGGAAUUCUAUGGCAGAAACAAUUAAAAUCCCUAAUUAUUUUAUCCAUUUUGCAUGAAGUCUUCUUGUAUUUGUAUAAAAUUAAUGAAUGAAUGUUGGUGCAUUUAUUCAAUCCAUUAUCAUAACAUUUGGCAAUACAAAAAUCUCUAGUUAAAGAGAACAGGAAAGUUUUGCCUGCAAUGGAAACCAAUGCUGCUGGAAUAAUUAGCAAUAGUUUGUGUGGGUAUCUUGAACCGUAGAGUAAAUGGCUUACGAAGGAGAGACCACAGACACUAGAGGAGUUUGCUGACUUUGCUCAUCAUUUGCUGUCUCAUAUCCACUAUCUAAUUCUUCAAAGUUAUAAUCAUCA